CCCUCGCAAAUUCUUAGCUAUAUUGCCAAAUAAUUAAGAACCUCACUCAUUCUACCUGUAGCAUCACUUUCCCAAGAACAGUUACCGAAUUCUUCCCGAAGAACAGAAUGGCAUCUCAAAUGGCAAGACCAAGAGGACCCCGUGAAGCCUUCGGAUGGGCUGCCAGAGACGACUCCGGCCAUCUCUCUCCCUUCAAAUUCUCAAGGAGGGUAACAGGAGAGGAGGAUGUUAUCUUUAAGGUGUUAUAUUGUGGGAUAUGCCACUCCGACUUCCAUAACAUCAAAAAUGAAUGGGGAGGUGCCAUGUAUCCUAUGGUGCCCGGUCACGAGAUUGUAGGAGUGGUGACAGAAGUAGGCACCAAGGUAACAAAGUUUAAGGUUGGAGACAAGGUUGGCGUUGGGUGCUUAGUCGGAUCGUGCCACUCCUGUGAGAACUGUGCCAACGAUCUCGAAAACUACUGCCGUGAACUGAUUCUUACUUACAAUAGCAAGUACCGUGAUGGCAUCACCUAUGGGGGCUACUCCGACAUCAUGGUGGUGGAUGAGCACUUCGUGGUGGCAAUUCCUGACAAUCUACCGCUCGAUGGCGCGGCUCCACUCCUAUGCGCUGGAAUCACAGUCUAUAGUCCAUUGAAGUUCUUCGGGCUUGAUAAGCCCGGGCUUCAUCUCGGUGUGGUCGGGCUCGGCGGAUUAGGCCACACGGCCGUCAAGUUUGCAAAGGCCAUGGGCCUCAAGGUGACUGUCAUCAGCACCUCCCCAGGUAAAAAGCAGGAGGCCGUGGAGCACCUCGGGGCCGACUCAUUUUUAGUUAGUUGUGACCAGGAACAGAUGCAGUCUGCUAUGGGCACGUUGGACGGUAUCAUAGAUACAGUCUCUGCAGUUCAUCCUCUCCUACCUUUGAUUGGUCUAUUGAAGAGCCACGGCAAGCUAGUUAUGGUUGGUGCACCAGAGAAGCCGCUUGAGUUACCGGUCUUCCCAUUGCUCAUGGGUCGGAAGGUGGUGGCUGGCAGCGGAAUCGGUGGGCUAAAAGAGACACAAGAGAUGAUAAAUUUCGCUUCAAAGCACAACAUCACCGCGGACAUUGAAGUUAUUCCAAUGGACUAUGUAAAUACUGCAAUGGAGCGGCUUGUAAAAGCGGAUGUCAGAUAUCGAUUCGUCAUAGACAUUGGGAAUUCAUUGAAGCCUACUGCCUAAGAAUAUCUGUCUGUUCACGAGAACAAUCGAGGAGUCAAUCAGACAGUGAUUAGUUAUUGUUCGUUCUAUUUCUCCGUGUUAUUUCACGUUCACUUGUGUCCUAUGUAUUUGCAUUGAUGUCCCAAAUCUGCCAUGUUGUAAAAUAAAGUUCAAUAUUGAUUGAUAUCAUUAUUGUUUCUUCAGGCAAGCGUUUGUAUGGAAUUUACAUAUUUGAUUUGUCAAGGGUCUACCGGAACAAUAAAAAU